AUGUACAGUGAUACCGUUCCUACCCUCGGUAUACCUCCCUACGCAGGAGUUGUUACUGACAGAUCAUCAGAGCUGGGUGUUGUUGUCUGUCAUAGGAGUACCUCAGGUGCUGGCUCAUGUACAGGUAUGUCUACAUCAGUGUCUGAACCUCUAGUGAUACCGUUCCUACCCUCAGUAUACCUCCCUACGCAGGAGUUAUUACUGACGGAUCAUCAGAGCUGGGUGUUGUUGUCUGUCAUAGGAGUACCUCAGGUGCUGGCUCAUGUACAGGUGUUUUCUUCCUCCGAUGGAUCUUACCUGUCCGUGGUCGAGGCAAAGCGUCCAGACGCCAAUACUGUGGUUUUCCAAGUAACUGUCAACGCUCUUAGCCCUGAGAGGCAACUGUAUCUGUACGUGUUCUCUCCGCUCACUGGCCAAAACAUUACUGUGCCUGUACACAUGAAUGUGAGGGGAGGUUUAGCUUCACCUUGCUUGGCAAGACCAGCCUCCAAGUGGGUGUUGGAGCUAGAGAAACUGUGGGGAACAACUUCCACCAUCAUCUCUCUUAUUGUCAUCUUUCUGGUCAUCUGGUACUCAAGUGUAUUCAGCUGGGUACGAGUACUAGCACCACCUCCUGCUGUCUAUGCCAACAGCACUCCCACUGCUACUACCAUGAUCAACGGGUCUCCGUCGCCACAUUUUUCCGAGCAGAGGCCGUUCCUCUACCGUCAGCCGUUUUCUGAUGAAGAGCCCGUCUAUGGAGACCCUAACUUUUCCCCUUCCCCUCAGAUGAGCCGACGCAGUCGCAGAUAGUCGGCUGAUCAAUUUAGUGCCUUUGUACAGAACUGAUAUUUAUUUUUUCGUAAUGACAUGUGUUCAUAGUUGUUAAUGUGUUGGAGUCCGUAAGUUUAUUGCCUUAUGUAGCCAGAGUUUCAAGAUGAUUCUUCAAAUUGAGUCUUGUUUAGUAACAAAUCAUAAAAUACUCAAAUUAUUUUGAAAAGGGGGAGUUUUGCUAUCUUAUCCAAAUAAAUAAAAUCCAGGCUCUAAUAAAAUAGUUACACAAUAAAAAGUCAUGAAACAUAACACUGAUUUUUAUCCUUGUAGACUUCUUCAGGGAUUAGAUUGAGAAAAUGUCAAUUAACUUCAACCUACCCUUUGAAGAAAACCUAUAUUACGAUGAAACAUCAGUUUAAUGUAUUUUGACCUUUAGUAUAUCUUAUCAGCCCCUGGACUCUUAAUUUUCUUAGGUAAAAUAGUUGAUUUUUUAAAUUCUUAACAACUAGCUACUUGGCUUUCCUUUUCACCCUUCCUACAGAUAAUGCAAAGUCACUUAAAGUUACUUUUAGAAGAAAGAGCACCUGUCUUAUGAAUACAUUAAGGAAGAAGGAAUGCAUAUGCAAUUAACAAAAACAAUUGAUCCGAGAAAAUAUAUCCAGUUAGUUGAGGUAGCAUACAAACAGUUGGAAACACAAUUUAUAUGAUAUUUCGCUCCUACAAGAGGUCUUCUUCACUCUGUAAAACAUCUCUAUUUAUUUGUGUUUUAAACUUGUCUGCUGUAAAAUAACUGGAUUUAUUUUCUUAGAUAAAAUUUUGUUCUCAGGCCUAAGUUAGUCUAUUUCUUUUUUUGUGUAAUAUUCGCAAGUCACUAGAGGUAAUGUUUUAGAUUCGCUUGUUAAUUUACAAUGUGCUCUUCCACUAAUUAAUUGUCAUUAGUAUUGUCCAAACACAAGGAAUACAAGGCUGUGAAACCAGAUGAAUAAAGCACAGCUUCUAGUCUUCGUAAAACCAGUGUUGCCAAGUGUUGAAAAGCACAACAAAUUGGAAAAAUGUAGGGUUUUGCUUCACAUUAAGGUGUAGUAAGUUUGAUAGUUCAAAGUAUUUUGGGCCAAUUUGAAACCCAACUUUUUUCAAAACUCUCAAAGAACAUUGGUAGCAAAAUUUACCUCAGGCUCCAACAAGUUCAACAGGGUGUUCUAGAACCUAGAUGAAGAAAUUAUUUGUAAGUUACCACUAUUAAUGACUCAAUGAAAGCCCUAACCUUUUUGAUCAAAGGGUUAGUUUGUGAUAAUUACUUGUAAAUUGUAAACAUUGACAAUUGUAGUUGCCUUAAAUUAGACAAACAUCAUGAAAGAUUAUGUCAAUCUAACUAUUGGAAAUAUUAAUUUUUCAUUAGUUUUUUGACUGGAAAUUCCAAAUAGUACUGAUAUUUUAGACUCUACUACACCCUGUUUAAAUAAGUAGUUGUUAACUGUGACUUAAUAAUAAGUAGUUUUAAGAUGUGUACCUUUGUAAUUAAUAGGGUUGUAAAAUUAUUUAGGACAUUCAAAUGGUUGUAAAAUAUUUUACGCUUACUAUUUGACCACUGUUAUUUUCCUGAAGGCUUUAUACAUGUGACGGAAAGAAUAAUUGAUUUAUAAUGUACGAUUUGUAAAAGUGUAGGUUUUUUCAGACGACUAAUAAAACAUACUUUAAUUAAGAGUGUUUAUUUAAAACAAGCUACUUUUUGCUCAUUUGGAAGAAAUAUAUUUCAAUUUACAAUGAAUUACUAUUCAUCAAAUAACAAAUUUGAUUUAAGAAUAUUUAACAAAACAACUUUUUUUAACAAACAUUUUCUGUUACUGGGUAAUAAAUCUUUCAAGACACAAGUUUGUUUCAUUGCAAAUUAAACUUGAUAAGUUUCACGUUGAUACAGUAACUCAUUGAGUAUCAGUAUGUCUAGUCUUCCAUGUCUAUAAAUUUGAUGAUGAUUUUGAGCUGAAACUUUGUACAAAAAUUUAGUUUUUUAAAAUUAAAAUGCAAGUUACUUUACUUUUGAUGUCAUUCUAUAGUCUAAGUUUUGUCCUGAUGAUUUCUUUACAUUCUAUUUUAACUGUUAACUUUACUGUUAAUAGUUUUGUCAUUUUAUGUUCAACGUUCUACUAAAAGUUGUAAUUUUUGUAUUAAAUGGUUAAUAAAAUAUUUGCCAUACUUACACUAUAGAAUAGGUACAUUUAAGCAGCUUUAGUUGUUGGUUGUUAUCUCAAAUAAUUUAAGAUUAAAGGUUAGUUUUAAACUUGAGGCUUCAACCAAAUUUUAGGGUAGUUUUUGUUUUUAUUCUACUUUAACGUUUUGUUUUUUUUACUUCUCUUUGUGCCACAAUUUACUUACCGUACUGUAAUUUUCAUACAACAAACAACCCUUAAAGACAACUUUUAUUUAGGUUUAAAGAGUUUUUUUUUUGCCUUUUUGAAGUAAACUAAAUACCGUAGUUAAGACAUUGUGUUGUUAAAUUGUGUUCUUUGUAGUAAAAAAUUGUUUUUUUUUUUUAUUAAAAUAUA